AUGGACAUGGUUAUGUUUAUUGGAGUAUUUGCAUUCAUUCUCUCCGUCGUAUUCUUCCAGAUCAGGCGGAGACAUUAUAGAGAUGUACCCAUUACAAAUUGGCCAAUCGUUGGUAUGCUACCUGCGAUUCUCCAAAACAUGUCCAAUAUCCACGAUUUCACAACCCAACUCUUGAAAAAUCAUGGAGGCACACUAAUGUUUGAAGGACCCUGGUUCACAAACUCCAGCUUUAUCAUCACUAGUGAUCACGUGAACGUGAACCACAUCACAAGCAAGAAUUUCAGCAACUAUGGUAAAGGGCCUCAUUUCAAUGAGAUUUUUGACGUAUUAGGAGGUGGGAUUUUCAACUCUGAUUUCCAAGCGUGGAAACAAGAGAGGACACUACUUCUUUCACUGUUUCAAAGGGAAAGCUUCAAGAUCUUCCUUCAGCAAACCGUUCAGAAGAAGGUGGAGAAUUGCCUAGUGCCAUUUCUUGACCAUGCAUCCAAAGCUGGAGCUGAGGUGGACUUGCAAGAUGCCUUUCAGAGGUUCACCUUUGACACUGUAUGCUCCAUCGCUUUUGGACAUGAUCCUAAUUGCCUUCCAGAUAAGUUUACUAACCUCUCACACUUUGCUUAUGAGAAAGCUUUGCUUGUGAUGGAGGAUGUAGCAUUCCGCAGGCACAUCAUACCAAGAUUUUUGUGGAAGUUGCAGCAACGGCUCCAAGUUGGUCUAGAGAAGAAGUUCAAGGAGGCCAAAGACAGUUUUGAGAAAUUCUUGCAAGAAAACAUUGCAUCUAAACGUGAAGAGAAAAUUAGCACCAGAAAAGUGGAUGACAAUGACACUAGUACUCAUUCUGACCUAAUAAGAGUGCUGAUUGAGGAAGCAGCUGAAAAGGGUCAACCAAUAGACGACAAGUAUCUUAGAGACACUGCAUUUACCCUUGUUGCUGGGGGAAGUGGCACAGUGAGUGCAGCUCUCAGUUGGUUGUUUUGGCUUGUUUCAACUCAUCCAAAGGUGGAAGCUAAACUUGUUCAAGAGAUCAAAGAUAACUGUACCCUAAUAUACCCAAGUGUGGAAGAGCUUGGUAAGCUAGUUUACCUGCAUGGAGCUAUAUGUGAAGCCUUGAGGCUUUAUCCUUCUAUUCCCUUUGAUCACAAGUGUCCAAUAAAACCUGAUAUACUCCCUAGUGGAGAACAUGUUAGACCAAAUACCAUGAUAUUGUACUCUUUGUACUCAAUGGGAAGGAUGGAGCAAAUAUGGGGUGAUGACUGCUUGGAGUUUAAGCCUGAGAGGUGGAUUUCAGAGAGAGGAAGCACCAUACAAGUUCCAUCUUACAAGUUCAUAUCUUUCAAUGCAGGGCCUAGAAGUUGUGUGGGGAAAGACAUUACUUUUUCUGAAAUGAAGAUGGUUGCAGUUGCCAUACUAAGGAGGUUUCACGUGCAGGUGGUUCAUGGUCAUCGUGUAACCCCAAGGCUUUCUGUUGUGCUUAGCAUGAAACAUGGCUUGAAGGUCAAAGUUACUGAAAGAUGCACUUGA